AUUUGGACAAACAUACCUUUGACACUCGUAGUCAUCCAGGACCUCGUAUACUCUAUCGAGACAUAGUGCAUCAAAGGAAAACGGACCUAUUUUAGAUUCUUGAAGAUGUUUUUUCAAACGUCAUCAGGUAAAGUUGCUUUUGAUUAAGCACUUCUGCAUUUCUAGAGGCUACUAAAGGAACUUCAGCUUACAAUUUCCAACUGAGUCCUGUGAGAUUCAUGCUUAGUUUUGUUUUUUCUUCAUUCAGGUUAAGUGAAUGCAGCUUGUCGGAGAGCAGCUGUUCUCUCCUGGCCUCAGCUCUAAAGUCCGACACCUCCCGCCUGAGAGAGCUGGACCUGAGUAACAACAAGCUGCAGGACUCGGGGGUGAAGAUGCUCGGUUUCUUUCGUCAUUCUGAUCUGAAAGAUCUGGACAUGAGUUAUAACAAACUGCAGGACUCGGGGGUGAAGCUGUUGUCUGUUGGACUCAAGAGUCCAAACUGUCGACUGGAGAUUCUGAGACUGAGUUUCUGCGGCUUGACGGAGAUCAGCGGUUUUCUCUUGACCUCGGCUCUGACGUCAAAUCCCUCCCACCUCCGAGAGCUCGACCUCAGAGACAACGAGCUGCAGGAGUCGACGCUGACGCUGCUGAAGAGUCCAAACUGUCGACUGGAGAUUCUGUCCAGCCCAACUGACGGUUGACCAACGCCAUUUUCACCAAACAAAAAACGUUACUGUUUAUUUUACCUUUGUCAUGAUUCAGUGUCAGGAGAAGGGCAACAUCACUUCAUACACAAUGAGCAUGUGUACGGAUAUAUAAUAAUUUUUCAACAAUGAGUAUAAAGCAACAUGAACAAUAUGUCAAAGCAAAACUGCAGUGGUGAGAAAUACAUUUCACUUUUACACUCUUAGAGUAAAGAUGAAUUUACUGUUGUGAUCUAUUCAGUACUUCUUGAUUCAAAUUAACCUAAAUAUAUAUAUAUAUCCAAUCAUGUGACAUACAUCAUGUGACAUACAUCAUGUGACAUACAUCAUGUGACAUACCUCACUCUCCACAACCAUCUAUAAUACACACCCACCUUAUCAGGUGGUA